GAGCGGGGCACGGGGCGGUCCCCAGCCCGGCCUAAAGCGGAGCGGCAGAGCCCGGCCCGGUUCGGCCCGGCCCGGCGGAGCUCCGGGCGCCGUGGUUGGCCGGGCGGGCGGCAGGAAGGCUGCGUUCCCUGAGGCUCACGUGAAGACCCGAGACCUCUCCGCUGUUGGAAAUAGGCUUCCUCUGAGCUGUCGUCCCGGCUGGAGGCUGUCACUUCUAACCCUGGCUGGCAACUUCGGGGGCUUUGGUCUUCCCCGCUUCUUUCCGUCUCCGUGAGGGUGAGCGGCUCCUCCACCGCCCGCCUGCCGCCACCUCCUCUUUUGCGGAAGGAAAGCUUUCACUCGUUCAAAGUAGUGGUUUUGGGGUUUUUGGUAUUGUUUUAUUUUCUUUUCCCUUAAUCGGGUUGGGGUUUUAUUACUGCUGUUGUUGGUUGGUUGCUCUUGGUUUUCGGUGUGUGCGCGGGGGCUCUCCACGCAGGCUGGCAGUAGCCGUCCCGCUGGCCGGAGGCGGCCGAUGGAAAAGCCAUGCUUCCGAAAGCAGCCUUCCACCUGCUGCUGCGGUUAAAAUAUUGUUAAGCAGCCGGUUCCUGUGGCCGAAUUAGAGGAAGACUGCCUCAGAUACCGAAAAAAAAAAAAGAAUUGGCAAUGAGUGCCGAAGUUGUUGCAGACUGUUGGUCUGACUGCUGAGGAGGACGUGAGUGGGAGAGAGAGAGCGCUGUUGCACACACAAAACCACAGAGAGAACCCACAAUUUAACCAACAUCCCCAAACCCACGUUUCAGCUGUGGACCUUUCAGCCUCAGAGCUUGAGAUCGGCUGCGACCUUUCUUUAAAUUGAUGAAAGACGUUACACCAAAGACAAGUGCAAAGACAGAUUUAAAGCUUGAAUACCAUGCACUGAGCUUUCCGUUUUUGUUUUCUUUUUUGCGCAAAGAUGAUUGAAAGGUCAUGACACGACUACUCUUAGAGCACCGCGAACCAAACUACUGAAGCUCGUUUUCAAGGCUGCUUGAAAAAAAAAAGUCUCGCAGAGAACAUUAAUGGAUUCCUGUUGUGUUUAAAUUCUCUACAGAUUGUAUUGUAAAUAUUUUAUGAAGUACGGUAUAUGUGUGUGCGCGGGCGUGUGUGUACGUGAAUAUAUAGAUGCAGUCGUAGCCAGCUGACCUUUGAUCAGGCAGUCUAGCUCGCCUACCGCCUUCUCUGAAGACUGACCGCGAAAUUCCCUCUCUUAAAGAGCAACUUUUGCCUACGGAAGACGCUGAUGUAUUUCGUUUUCUCUUGGGACUGCAGAGAAAUCACCUGGAAGAAACUGAUAGGCAACUGACUCCCUGGGAAGCCCAGGCUUUGCAUGUGUUUCUGACCACGUCUUGUAUGUGACUUGCCUAAGUUUUUCCACGGUACUUGGGAGUUUGAAAGGAGCUUGUCCCCCGAUAACUUUCUGCGCCACGGCCACAGAGUAGAUGCUCUGGCGUUGCGGUAGAGCCCCGCAAGGACGACCCCCCUUUCACUUAUCGGAUUAAUGUGAUCUGCUCUGCCGCGCCAGGAAGCCAAGAGUUAAGUCUCGGCGCGCUCGCUAUCUCAGCCGCCUUCAGCAAAAAAUUAACUUUGGGGACUGGCGUAGAAACAAGUUUCCCCCGGGUCCUCUGCCUGUAUCCGUUUAUGUUGGUCCCCAGAGAGCAGAUCGCUGAAGAGUUCCGCUCGUUUCGCUGUUUUGUAAAAACUCUGUGGAGGUCUUUUACUCAAAAGGCUUGUUGUGAUGCGUAUCCCCGUAGAUACCAGCACCAGCCGCCGCUUCACGCCGCCCUCCACCACGCUGAGCCCGGGGAAGAUGACCGAGCCGCUGCCGCUGCCCGGCGCCGAGCACAGCGGCGCGCUGCCGGGGAAGCUACGCGGCGCCGACCGCAGUAUGGUGGAGGUCCUGGCCGAUCACCCGGGAGAGCUGGUGCGCACCGACAGCCCCAACUUCCUCUGCUCCGUGCUGCCCACCCACUGGCGCUGCAACAAGACGCUGCCCAUCGCCUUCAAGGUGGUGGCCCUGGGAGAUGUGCCCGAUGGGACGCUCGUAACGGUGAUGGCUGGAAACGAUGAAAACUACUCUGCAGAGCUCAGAAACGCCACAGCUGCCAUGAAAAACCAAGUAGCAAGGUUCAAUGACCUCCGAUUCGUGGGUAGAAGUGGAAGAGGGAAAAGCUUCACGCUGACUAUCACAGUCUUCACAAAUCCACCACAAGUAGCCACAUACCACAGAGCCAUCAAGAUAACCGUGGACGGACCUCGCGAACCCAGAAGACAUCGUCAGAAAAUAGAUGAUCAGACAAAGCCCGGGAGCUUGUCCUUUUCAGAGCGCCUGAGUGAACUGGAGCAGUUGCGUCGUACGGCCAUGAGGGUCAGCCCACACCACCCAGCCCCCACACCCAACCCACGAGCCUCCUUGAACCACACCACUGCUUUUAACCCUCAGCCUCAGAGUCAGAUUCAGGGUCUCUUUUUCAUUACAGAUACAAGGCAAGUACAGCCGUCUCCACCAUGGUCCUAUGACCAGUCCUACCAGUACCUGGGCUCCAUUGCCACCCCCUCCGUGCACCCCGCCACACCAAUAUCACCUGGCAGGGCUAGCGGCAUGACAUCCCUCACCGCAGAGCUUUCCAGCCGGCUGUCAAGUGCUUCUGAGCUUACGGCGUUCAGUGACCCCCGAGUGGGUAUCGACCGCUCCUUCUCUGCACUCCCCUCCAUCUCUGACCCUCGAAUGCAUUACCCGGGAGCAUUCACCUACACGCCAACGCCUGUCAGUUCAGGGAUAGGAAUCGGUAUGUCUGCCAUGUCCACAGCCACGAGAUACCACACUUACCUCCCACCUCCCUACCCUGGCUCAUCACAGGCCCAGGGCAGCCCGUUCCAGACCAGCUCGCCCUCCUACCACCUCUACUAUGGAACCUCCGCCGGCUCCUAUCAGUUUUCCAUGAUUUCGGGGGGAGAUCGGUCUCCCCCACGCAUCCACCCACCCUGCACCAAUGCCUCCACAGGAUCGACACUUCUCAACCCCAACCUCCCCAACCAAAGCGAUGUGGUCGAGGCAGAAGGGAGCCACAGCAACUCCCCCACUAACAUGGCAACCACAGCAAGGCUAGAGGAAGCAGUGUGGCGACCAUACUGAUUGAAUUUUAAGUAGUUAUGGGUCAGGACUAAUGUACUUUCCAUUUCUCGGUGCCCGUAGGUAUCCCAUAAACACCCAUCUUGCUUAUGGGCCCUGCCAGGUUCAUACAUCACUUUCAGAAGCAAACCCUCCAGAAGUCAGUGCUCCCAGGAGCAGUGGCAUGUAUUAGCCAGCCCCUGUCGAAGUGAUGUCGCUGAAGCAAAGCAUCCCUUGCGGGGGACUGAGCUUCUGGAAAGGAGGACACCUGAGCUGGUGGUCCAGAGGUAGUGAGGGUGGGUAGAAAGGUACCCAGUCUGUUUCCAGGCCUGUGGCUUUCCAGCAUGCCUGGGCUUGAAGGUCUCCACAACCCUAAAGAGAGUUAUGGUUCACUUCUAUUUUUAAGAUUUAAAGCCUAAAAAGAUCUUAGUGAGUUUACUGCAUCUUAUGGACAUAUUAACUGUAAGGAAGUAUAGGAAGAUUCCCAGAGGGAAACUGUGAACGCUUCUGUUUUAGCAAUGCUGUGAAUGAGAGGUUUUAUAUGUUGGACUUCAUUCUUUCUUAAUUUUUUUUAACCACAUUGUAUAUUCCAAAGAAUAUGGAAUUUUUUAUUGCUGGGGUUUGUUUUGUUUGGGGUUUGUUUUUUGGGAUAUAUUUUUUUAGGAUGCAGCUCAUCCUGCUUUGCAUCUAAUUUGUUUUAUUUCUCUUGGCACCUUAAAAAUUGCAAAAAGAAAAAGAUUUUGUUCUUUUUUUUGUUUCCAUCAUGCUUGCUUCUUUCUUGCUUUGUCAACUGAAAGAAUCAGCCCCUUUUUCAAUGAGUUAAUUUAACUUUUUUUCUCUUGGACUUUUUUUUUUAAUACAACGGCUACAGCCUUGGGUCAUUUUCAACUACUGUACUACUUUGAUGAGUUCAUUGAUAUUUAUGCUUGAUAUUUAGACUUUUCGUAUUUGUUGAUACUAUUAUUAUUUAAAUAUGCCUAUAUUAAAAAAGAUCAGCAAUUGCCUUUGUUUUGGUAGCAGCCAAAGUCAAAUUUAUCACAUUGAAAAAAGCUGGAAUAACGAUGGGUAAAGUGACCUCCUAAUGACCUAGAAAUAUUGUUUACAAUUAUCUCCCUCUCAUUUUACUCAGCUAACGGGGCUCAGAUACUCAAAGGCAUUUAGGUGCCCAACUCCCAAUGAAACGAUUUAGGCACCAAAAUCCCUGCGAAUUUCUGUGCCUUCCCAUACAGUCAGGUCAUCUCUCCCUACUCCUUCCUUGCUUUUCCUUUGUCACCAGUGGUGACCCUCAGGAUCAGUAAUCAAGAUGUACAUAUUUUGUAAGGCAGACUCAAUAUUCCCUAACUAAAUAGAUCGCCAUAUGGCCCCAUUCUGCUCCAAAGCUUGUCCAGGCUUCCUCACAGCACCAGUGGAGGCCUCUGAGGCUUUCAAAGGUGAAAGCCAACACGCAGUUAGCAUGGCAAGGGUGAAGUCCUGGCUCUGAUGGAAUAUGAGUGAAUUUGCUCCCAGCUCAGCAGAGCCAAGAUUUCUGCGGAGUACAAAAGCCAUGUUCCAUUCCACUGGAAAAUAGAUCAGUUCCUGCAUCACAAAAUAACUUGAACUGAACAGGGGUGUCUAGCCCAUCUGGAAAGCAGGCUAGCAAAGAAGGGGCCUUAACGGUUCUUCUGUCACCAUCUUCUGAGAGAAGAGGAAGGGUAUUUAAGACUGAUGCAUACAAUAUUCUGUCCUGUAGCAAAUAUGCAAGGCUUAUACUAACUGCAUGUUUAAUACAGUGUCGUCAGCGUUGCCCAUCGUUACAGCACAAACAUAUCAGAUGUCACUGUAAAGUUUAUGGCACUAUUUUAUUUGAGGGUUUGGUCUGAAGGCAGUUGUUGUACUACUCAUUAAUUACAAACUGCUGAUGUUGACACGUGUGCGUUCCAAAUUAGCUGAUUAUUAUUUAAUGUACCUCUUUAAAUGAGUGAAACAAUUGCAGGUCAACUCAGAGAGUAUUUGAAAGCAGGACUUCAGAUCAGUGUUUGAUGUUUAAAAAAAAAAAUUAAAGGAUUCAAAUUAAAAAGAUCCUUGGCUGCAGGCAGCAAAACAGCUGGACUUAUUUAAAACCAUUUGUUUUUCAAGUUUUCUUUUUUUUUAUAUAUAUAUAAUUUUGCUUCUUUGUUUAAGUCAGAUGCAGUAGCACUUUGGUAUUGAAAAGUUACAAAUUGAAGAAUUUACAUUGUCAAUAAGGUCAUUUUUGUGCAGAAAAUAUGGAGUGUUUCAAGAGAUCUCAGCAAAAGUUCAAAAUGUUCCUGUUAAAAUACAUGCAUGGCCUUUUACUUUUCAUUUGGUGUAAUAGUUUUUGUAAUUUUCUAGAGUUUGCUCUGAACAAAAAAGGAAGAAAACAUCAAAAUUUUAUCAGAAUAGUUUAAGAUCUAUCUUGGAAGUAUGGAGACCUUGCUGAAUACAGAAAUAGAGACCCUACCUUUUGUGACAUUUACAUAGUUGGAAUCUCACCUCUUCUGUAGCCUAAAAAAAAGUCCUUCAUCACUAAACAGUAGCUCUGUUGCAGAAUGCAUCUCGUACAUCUCUGUCUCUGUGCAAUUAAAAUCAUAAUUUACUACAGCUCUCACAUCUGCCUUGUGACUGGACCACCCAAGUGCAUAGUACUGUGAGUGUGAACCCCAAAGGGAGGGAGAGAGGAGGACAUCCAAGGAGACAUAUGCCUCAUCGCAUAGGUGACUCCAGCCCAGCUGAUAUGGUCAGUACAGUCCCAGGCCUGCCUGUCAACAGAGCCUGCUUUCUGCUAAAGUCCUUUGUCCCCUUCUAGCCCAUAGUAUUUUUGAAACAGAAAGAUCAGUGAUUUACAAGAAUGAGGAGUUGCCAUCUCUCACCCUGGAGAUUAGACCCUCCAUUGAAUGUUUCUUAAGUCUACACAUCUACUUUCUUUACAUUUGACCUAAAAGUGAAGUUUAGUUUUACUCUUCCCAGUGUGAACAGGAUGAGAAACUGCAGAACAGGUUGCCACACUUACCCUGUGUCUUUACUGACAUAUAAAAAGCCCCUGGGAUUUCCCAGUGCGUCACUUGUGGUAACUGCCAGCAACUAAACCUGUGAGUCUAACCACAACGUGUAUGACAAGCACAGCACAAAGCAGUGCCCUCUUUACAGAGGAAAAACUAAGUUCAUUAUCCCCUGGAAUUAGCCUGUUUAAUCACUGUGGGCUUCAGUGUAUUCGUACAAGUGCUUAGGAGAAACCACAGUUUACUCAAAUCUAUAUUUUUGUAGCCAUCCCCUGUCUACUACGGAGAGCAAAGAAAGAUCUUCAAGGCUAUGAAAAUGUUCUCGUGUCACUCCUCUUGUAUCUUAAGAGCACUUAGCAGGCAGAAAGAGGACAUUUGGAUAAAGCAUCUCCUCCAUUCACACGUCUCCAAAUUAUAGUAUAUAAGUAUAUAUUUUUAUAUUUAUAUAUAAUAUAAAUAUUUAUAUAGUUUUAUCAUCCCAGUAACUGAAUGGAACCAAAAAAGAACUAUUGUGCUUCUGUUCACAAGUUGCAGUCAGCAGUGUGCCAUAGGUACCUUCCCCCCUACAGAAAUGCGGUUAAUGGCAAUCCUUACUAUAAGCUUGUGUGUUCCUUUCACAAGACACAAUUCCUCAUCCAGAUGCAGCCAUACCAAACAACUUCAAAUACAGGGCCCAGGUCUUAUGUGCUGUAAGGCCCAUAACUUUGCUCUCAAACCACAUUUAUACCCCCUUCAACAGUUCCUGCUACACUUCCAGGUCAAUGCACAGGAGCUUAAGUGCAAGGAGGAAGCAGAUGCAGAGUGCAUCCUUGCUAUGAAGGAUUUGAUUUGUAGAAUUAUGCCAAAUUAUCUGCUGGAAAAGAGAAAACCCCUUUCCUCCAAAUGGCCCACAGCCUUUGCCAAAGUGUUCCGAACUGCCUGCACUCUUGAAACAUUCAUUACUGCUUUCUGGGUGACCUUUUCUAUUGGUGUAUUUGAAGAUUCAGGAGAAGUGGAUCCUUUUUCUAGCUGAGCAAAACGCUUGUUUUCCUGCAUUGUAACAUUUUGUAUUUCAUUUUUGUUAACCUUGCUUGGUCAGUACCGAUCACUUGGCAUUUUUCUCCUUGUCCUAAAAGGGUUGCAUCAACAGAGUUACUUGUAUUUAUGUAUGUAAAUAGAUUUCAAAAGCUUCAUAGCAAAAUAUUUAGUGCUUGUAAUUACACUGCAUUUUUUUUCAUUUUUCUGUGUUUUUAAUGAACUUACUUUGUGUUUGCUUAAA